AUGGCGGAAGUCGAAGUGCAGCGCGUUCUGGCAACGAUCAACCAGGUUUUUGUAUUUCAAAUUCCACCACAGACAUCGGCUGCUGGUCACAGAGCGGACUCAUGGCCCAGCACACCCGCGUGGACUGGCCGUUUACAAGUCUCAAGUGUUGGAGAAGAUGCAGUAAUUGAAUUAAAGGAUCCCAACACGGGUGUCUUGUUUGCUGCAUGCCCCAUUAAAGCUGGUGGACCGCCUGCAAUUCAAAAAGUCGUCGACAGUAGUCGAUACUUUGUCUUACGUGCUGUGGAUCGCACAUCAGGUCGUCACGCAUUUAUCGGUAUCGCUUUCAACAAUCGAAGCGAUGCAUUUGACUUUAAUGUCGCUAUCGAUGAUUUUAACAAGGAGCUUAAACGUGAAAAGACCCAGCAGCAGAGCACGACAUCAGGUCCUUCUGUUGACUACUCGCUAAAGGAAGGUCAAACAAUUCGGAUAAAACUCAACACGAAAAAGAAAGACGCGUCAAAAGAUGAAGAGGAUGGCGACAAAGAUCCUUUUGAAAUCACAAACUCACCAAAGAAGUCAGUCAAUAGCAAUGAUGCUGAUUUGCUGGGAUUAUCAAAAGCGGCUUCAACUAGCAAUUGGGAGACGUUUUGA